AAAGAGAAAAUUUGAAAAUGGCGAUCUUGCUCUCUUUGUUUUUGGUUUUGCUUCUUACUCUUGUAUCAUCAAUCUUUCUUAAGAAGUUACAAAACUCAAAACUCAAUCUUCCUCCUAGCCCCUCAAGUCUUCCUCUCAUUGGAAACUUGCAUCAUGUUGCAGGGUUGCCUCACAGAUGUUUUCAUAAGCUAUCAAUCAAAUAUGGACCGGUGAUGCUUCUUCGACUUGGCUUUGUUCCGGUGGUUGUGAUCUCAUCCAGUGAAGCAGCUGAAGCGGUUCUAAGAACUCAUGACUUGGAAUGUUGCAGCCGACCAAAGACGUUCGGGACAAGAAAACUCUCUUACGGCUUUAAAGACAUCUCCUUUUCUCCAUACGGUGCUUAUUGGCGGGAAAUGCGAAAAAUCGCGGUUAUUGAGCUUUUUAGCCUUAAGAAGGUUCAAUCUUUUAGGUACAUUAGAGAGGAAGAGGUCGACUUCGUGGUAAAGAAUCUGACGGAAUCUUGCUUGAAACAAUCUUCCGUGGAUUUAAGCAAAACCUUCUUCUCCCUCACCGCAAGCAUCAUCGGUAGAGUAGCUUUAGGACAGAACUUCCACGAGGGCGGCUUCAUUAUUGAUCAAGAAAGGAUCAAAACGCUUGUUACGGACGCAGUGGAAGCUCUAGGGACUUUCACUUUCUCUGACAUCUUCCAGGGCGGAGUCGGAAGAUUCGUAGACUUGCUGUUUCAACGACACAAGAAGAUCAACAAAAUCUUUAAAGAGCUUGAUGCUUUUUAUCAGCAUGUGAUUGAUGAUCACUUGAAGCCAGAAGGAAGGAAAAAUCUGGAUAUCGUUUCCUUGAUGUUGGAUAUGAUCGAUAAACCCGAAAAUGCAGAUUCUUUCAAACUCAAUAUGGAUAAUCUCAAGGCAAUCCUCAUGGAUGUAUUUCUUGGGGGGAUUGAUACAAGCUCUAUAAUAAUGAUUUGGGCUAUGACAGAACUUGUUAGAAACCCUAGAGUGAUGAAGAAAGCUCAGGAAAAUAUUCGAACCAUCCUUGGGGCCAAAAGGGAAAGAAUAACUGAAGAUGAUCUACACAAAGUUGAUUACUUGAAGCUCAUAAUCAAGGAAACGUUCAGAUUACAUCCACCAGCUCCAUUUAUACUCCCAAGAGAAACAACGUCUCACAUCAAGAUCAAAGGCUAUGAUAUUCCCCCGAGAACGCAAAUCCAAAUUAAUGUAUGGACAAUCGGACGUGACCCCAAGCGUUGGACCGACCCUGAAGAUUUCAUCCCUGAACGGUUUACUAAUAGUUCUGUAGAUUUCAGAGGACAACAUUUUGACCUAUUACCUUUUGGUUCUGGUCGAAGGAUGUGUCCCGCGAUGUCAAUGGCGGUUGCUACUGUGGAACUAGGUUUGAUGAAUUUGCUUUACUUCUUCGACUGGGGAUUGCCAAAUGGGAUGGAAAUUGGAGAAAUUGACAUGGAAGAAUUUGGCAAUCUCACCAUUGUCAAGAAACUACCUCUUCAACUUGUACCCCUUCGACGUUAUUGAUGUGGAGUCUAAAAGGCUAUGGCAUGAAAAGAUCACGAGCAAGGAACGUAAGGUUCUUAUAGAUAUUGUUGCGUUAUGUAAUAAUUGAUGUUUGAACGAUACUAUAUCAAGAAAUAAUAAAGUUCAGUGUUUUA